UUUGGGUUUGAUUGGAUUUGUGGUGGCUACUUUUUAUUUUAUCUAUUUUAUUUGAUUUAAUAAGAAAUCGUUGAUAAUACGUAGCUAAGUGGAAUCAGUUUUAUUCGUAAAAAUGGCAAUGCGUGAUUAUGCCGCUGACAAAGAAACUUUCAAGAACUUUUUCAUCGAUUUUUGCCAGACUGAUGAUGAAGGGCAUAAACAUUUUAAGUACGCAGAACAGUUAACUAGAGUUGCACACAGAGAACAGAUUGCUUUUACUGUGGAAUUAGAUGACCUUCAUGAAGCACAUGAAGAACUGGCAGAAGCGGUGAAACAAAACACUCGCCGCUACACCAAUAUGGUCUCAGAUGUUGUGUAUGAGAUGCUGCCUGAUUAUAAACAUAGAGAUGUGGUUGCCAAAGAUGCACUAGAUGUGUACAUAGAACACAGAAUAAUGCUAGAAGCAAGAAACCACAGGAUUCCUGGGGAGAUGAGAGACCCCCGAAACAGAUACCCUCCAGAAUUGAUCCGGAGAUUUGAGGUGUACUUCAAGGAUAUGUCUUCAUCCAAGUCUGUGCCCAUAAGAGAAGUAAAAGCAGAACAUAUUGGCAAGCUGGUGACUGUUAGAGGCAUUGUGACUCGCUGUACUGACGUGAAGCCCUUACUGGUAGUAGCCACAUACUCUUGCAGUGCCUGUGGUGCCGAGACCUAUCAGCCGGUCAGAGCACUACAGUUCACUCCCCCACCCGCCUGUUCUGCUGACGAGUGCCGCCUUAACAAAACAGCUGGACAAUUACACUUGCAAACUAGGGGAUCGAGGUUCCAGAAGUUUCAGGAGUUGAAGAUUCAAGAGCAUUCGGACCAAGUACCGGUAGGGCACAUUCCGCGGCAGUUGUCGGUGUACUGUCGCGGCGAGACGACGCGCAGGGCGCAGCCCGGCGACCACGUGGCGGCCAGCGGCGUGUUCCUGCCGCUGCUCAGCGCCGGCUUCAAGCAGGUGGUGCAGGGCUUGCUGUCUGACACAUAUCUGGAGGCUCAUAGUGUAACCUGUUUAAACCAAAGUGAUGAGAGUGAUAUGGUAGAAGCAUUGACAGAAGAAGAGUUAUCAGAAUUAGCAGACGAAGAUUUAUACUCCCGAAUGGCGCGCAGUCUCGCGCCUGAGAUCUAUGGCCAUGAGGACGUGAAGAAGGCGCUGCUGUUGUUGUUAGUGGGAGGUGUUGAUAAGCGUCCAAACGGCAUGAAGAUCCGCGGCAACAUCAACAUCUGCCUGAUGGGGGACCCCGGGGUCGCCAAGUCGCAGCUCCUGAACUACAUCGACCGCCUGGCGCCGCGCUCGCAGUACACCACCGGCCGCGGCUCCUCCGGCGUGGGGCUCACCGCCGCCGUGCUCAAGGAUCCUUUCACCGGCGAGAUGAUGUUAGAAGGCGGCGCUCUCGUCCUGGCUGAUCAAGGAGUGUGUUGCAUCGACGAGUUUGACAAGAUGGCGGAGAACGACCGCACCGCCAUACACGAGGUCAUGGAGCAGCAGACCAUUAGUAUUGCUAAGGCUGGCAUAAUGACAUGUCUGAACGCCCGCGUGUCGAUCCUCGCGGCCGCCAACCCCGCGUACGGCCGCUACAACCCCAAGCGGACCAUCGAGCAGAACAUACAGCUGCCCGCGGCUUUGCUCUCCCGAUUCGACCUGCUGUGGCUCAUACAGGACAAGCCCAAUAGGGAGAAGGAUUUAGAACUGGCGCGCCACAUCGCCUACGUGCACCAGCACUCGCAGCAGCCGCCGAGCGCGGCGCGGGCGCUGCCCAUGCGGCUGGUGCGCCGCUACGUGGCGCUGUGCAAGCGCAAGCAGCCCACCGUGCCCAGGGCGCUGGCCGAUUACAUCGUGUCGUCAUACGUGGAACUCCGGCGGGAAGCGCGAUCAGCUCGCGACGUCACGUUCACGUCCGCACGGAACCUGCUCGCCGUACUGCGGCUGUCCACUGCUCUCGCCAGACUGAGGUUAUCAGAUGUGGUGGAGAAGGAGGAUGUGUCCGAGGCAAUCCGUCUCGUCGAGAUGUCGAAGCAAUCGUUGCAACAUGUGGAUGAAAAUGUGCAGAGAGGUAUAACAGCGACGGACCGCAUCUUCGCGAUCGUGCGCGACCUGGCCGGCUCCAGCCAGACCGUGAAGAUCGCUGACGUCAUCGAGCGCUGCGUCGACAAGGGAUUCAAACCUGACCAGGUGGACGCAUGUAUUGAACAAUACGAGAACCUCAAUGUUUGGCAAGUCAACCAGGUGCGGACUAAGAUCACUUUCAUGUAAACAGGUUAUGAUAUCGUGUUACAAUUAAACCUUAAUGUUAAGUACAACCCCAGUGCCUGAUGUUGACUGACGAGAUGACAUUUU